AAGAUAUAUAUAAUUAAUAAGAGAAUUGCAAUGGUAUAAAUGUGCAAAUAUAUCUUUACAAUAUGCUGUAUGAAUGCUCUUUCUCAAUUAUAUAUAUAUAUACAAGUGUAUUUUUAUAUCUGUUAAAGUAUGUAUGUAUGUGUGCAAUAUUGUAGAAAGAAUGGAUUUUUUUCCAAUUCUUUUUCCAUUUUGAUUUAUUACACAUUAUAGCACUUUUGUAUCUCUUACAACCGAAGCAGAGAAAACUGCCUGAUGUCAUAAAUAUUAACAAGUUUCGUAAUUACAAGUCAUGUGGGAGUAAAUGUGGAAUCGAGAAUAUAUUAGCAUUAUCGCCAUUUGAGUUAAUAUCAAUCCCGCGAUUGCAACCAUCGAAUCCAGUGUCUAUUCAAGAAUACGCACGUCGUUGUAAAUAUGUUUGUGAAAAUCUAUCUCCUUAUUUCCAUGAUAGGUGCAAGUGUAUAUACGAUAAUCAGCAGUAAGGCUAACAAUGUUACAUUCAAGUAUAUGAAGGGAGUUGAAGGGGAGAGCGAUUUACAUCACUGUAAACCUUACGAGGUAUGCAACGUAGUUCACGACCGAUUUUGGAUGUCCGGUUUGACAGAGAGACUUUGCCACUGUCCUGAUGGAAGAGAAUGUCCGUGGCAAUGGACGAAAACCAUUGAUAAUUCAACUGUAUCACUCAAUAACAAAUCAAUUUUAAAGUUUUGCACGCAAAUAAUGGAACUAGAAAUUUGCGCUCAUAGACAAGAAGCAAUGAUGGUAUAUGGAGAAAGUGAUACAAGUAACAACUAUAUAAUACCAUACAAUGUAACAAUAAAUUGCAUAUGUCCGCAAACACAUUACUGGAAGCUACAAAAAUACACAUACGAAGAGCAUGGUCUCAUUCAAAUAUUCAAGUGUGUCAAGAAAAGAAUGUGUGAAACUUUGGAGUUUUGUGGCUACAUACGAGCUGAUUUAUAUUCAACGUAUUACAGAUGCACAUGUCCAGAAAAGCACUUAUGCAUUUUCAAGAAUAGGACACAAGUAAAUGUACAGGAAUUGCUCUAUUCUGGGCCAGCUUACAUGGCUUACUGUCACCGUUUGUAAAGAUACAAAGGUAUUACGUUAUGAUUCAAUUAAUCUGAGAGAAAUUUUUAAAAGUGUAUAAUUAGAUAUAACGUAUAUAAUUAUAUUAUAUAUGCACACGAAAUAUACAUAAUUUUAGAAACUUGUU